CCUGGCAACCCUGGUCACGAGACGCUUCUUCAACAACAAAGCUACUCGUUCAGCUGUAUCGAUAGCUUGCAAGCCAUCAUGAAAUCGAAACAUUUACGCUUCUUUUUUUGACCAUUUUUGUGUAGCGACAUGAAUCAGUGUUUUUUUAAGUAUCUAGCUUACUAGUUGAUUCAAACGUAAUUAGCUUGUUACAUUUGCUAUUUUGUUAAGAAUGAUAGUGAGCGUAACAAUAGGCUAAUUGCUAAUGCUAAUCCCUGACGAUGAGCUCACAAAGUUUAUCCCCCCCUGCUAAAGAAGAGGAGGUCUGCUGGACAGAGAAAGAGGCUUUGUUGCUGAACAUUGUCGUAAAAGAGGAGGAGGAAGAAGCUUUCAGAAUUAAAAAGGAGAAAGAGGACGCUAUCACAUUGAAAGAAGAAGAAGAUAAUGUUAUAGUGAAAGAAGAGGAAAAACCUUUUAGAGUGAAAGAGGAAGAGGAGCCUAUCUCAAUAAAAGAGAAAGACGUUUUGGGAGUGGAGGAGGAGACUGAAGAUCUGAUAAACACAAGAGAGAGACCAGACUCAGAAGAACCAGCGCAAGAGACAUCCAAACAUGCAAGACCACACCAAUGCUCUCAGUGUGGAAAGAGACAUCUGAAAAAGUUAGGACAUCUGAAAAAACAUGAGAGGACACACACACGAGACAAUUCUGACAACUGCUCUAAAUGUGGAAAGAGAUUUAGCCGGUUAUGGAGCCUGAAAGAACAUAAAAGAGUACACAUGGUGGGAAAGCCUUACCCGUGCUCCCAGUGUGAAAAGGGUUUUGGACAGUUAGGGCAACUAAAAGUGCAUGAAAGAACACACACUGGAGAGAAACCCUACCAGUGCUUCCAGUGUGAAAAGAGAUUUACCCAGUUAGGGAAUCUGAAAUGGCAUGAGACAACACACAGAGGAGAAAAAACAUUUCAAUGCAUUUUAGAGCCUGUGGUAUCUGUUGUUGGCCAAAAUAGGAAACUUUCUAAACAAGCUCAUCAAAGGGAGAGAGCCAAGAUCCAGCGCCACUCAGGUGAAGGGAAAAAACCUAAUAUCAGCUGCAGACAUACGGAGGCCGUAAACAGCGGCCUGUGUCACUCCGACAAACUCACGCCUGCAGACAUUGCACUAAACUACCAAAAAGUGUACUCCAAUCCCUACAAAGUGAAACAAGACGAGUUUAUUCUGCGUCAGAUGACCAUUAACAAGACGAAGAGGAAAAGAGUAUCGGGAGCAGAUAGGAAGAAGGCUCGUGAUACUACCAUAAAGUACAGCCUCCUCUCCGGUGAUGCCCCUUAUCGAAGUGUCCCAGUCUGCAAAGCGACAUUUAUCAACAUCUUGGGACUGAGGACUCACAGGCUCUGUGAUGCAGACCAAGGACAAAGGCUGAGCAAGCAGCACUAUUGUAUGACAAUAUUAAAGUGUCAGCAAAGACCGUGUGUCCCGCAUAGCGAAAUACUUUGCACAGCAUGGCGAACCCAGACCAGAAAGAAGAGGGGGAGCACGGAAAGUUGAGGAGUAUCAAGAGAGGAGGGAGCAGACUUUCACUCUUACAGCAGGAAGAGUCCUUCAGGGGAACCAGACCCAGAGAAGCCCAAACCAGCAAGACCACAUCACUGCUCCCAGUGUGGAAAGAGAUUUUUCCAGUUAGGGCACCUGAAGGAACACAAGAGAACACACACACAGGGGAGAAGCCACCUCGGCCUUAUCACUGCUCCCAGUGUAGAAAAGGUUUUCUUCAGUUAAGGGACCUGAAAAUGCAUGAAAGGACAUACAGGGGAAAACACGCACAGUGCUCCCAUUGUCUUAUGUUUGACUGAGAAUGUGCUUUUGUUCAUGCCACAUUAAAUCGAAUUGUACAAAGUGUA